AUGGCUUCCGCGGCCGCCAGCCCCCCGGAGGUGGUCCGCGCGGCGCAGAAGGACGACUACUACCGCGGCGGGCUGCGGAGCGCGGCGGGCGGCGCCCUGCACAACCUGGCAGGUGCGAAGAAGUGGCUGGAGUGGAGGAGAGAGGUAGAGCUGGUGUCGGAUCUCGCCUACUUCAGCCUCACCACACUAGCAGGCUACCAGACCCUUGGGGAGGAAUACGUCAGCAUCGUGCAGGUGGGCCCGUCACAGCGCCGCGUGCCCUCGAAGCUGCGACGUGGGAUCCUGGUGGCGCUGCACACCGUCCUGCCCUACCUGCUGGAUAAGGCCCUGCUUCACCUGGAGCACGAGCUGCAGGCCACUGGCGACAGCGCCUGGCCCUUACGGGGCAGCCUGGCUCCCAGCAGCCAGUCAGGGAUGAGGUACUGGGUGCACCGGUGCAUGGCCGCCCUGACGGAACAGCAGCAGGGGGUGCUCUUGCGGGCCGUGUCAGCGCUCAAGCAGAGCCUCGGGUGCCUCCAGCGUCUCCAUGUGGCCUGGUUCUACAUCCAUGGCACCUUCUACCACUUGGCCAAGAGGUUCACGGGCAUCACCUACCUCCGUGUCCGCCGCCCACUCGCAGAGGACCCUCGGGUUCGCGCCAGCUACCAGCUGCUGGGGUUGGUGUCCCUGCUGCACCUGGCACUGGGCGCAGGCCUGCAGCUCUACGGCUUCCAGCAGAAGCAGCGUGCCCGGAGGGAGUGGAGGCUGCAGCGCAGCCUGUCCCACCGCAGGAGCCAUGCAGAGGAAAGAGCCAUUUCCAGAAACCCACUCUGCACGCUGUGCUUGGAGGAACGCAGGCAUUCGACAGCCACGCCCUGCGGCCACCUGUUCUGCUGGGAAUGUAUCACCCACUGGAGCGACACCAAGAUGGAGUGUCCCCUCUGCAGGGAGAAGUUCCUUCCCCAGAAGCUGGUCUACCUGCGGCACUACCGCUGA